AUGACCGAUUUAUCAUUACCCCACCCAUUUGAUCCCUUGUCCCCCGAGGAAAUCCGACUUGCAGGGCAAAUUGUUCGCGAUGAUUUGGCUGGCUCUGACGUUAAUUUUCGGGUCAUCACACUGCUUGAACCUGCAAAAGACGAGAUGAUGGUCUUUCUCGAGCAGGAACAUUCAGGCGUCGGCUCAGCUUUGACCCCGUCGCGAGUAGCCAAGGUUCAGGCUUACGUUGGGGAGGCUGGAGAAAAGAAGAGAUUCACCGAAUUCAUGAUCAAUCUCAACACGAGAUCCAUCCAGUCCAAGGAAGAACUUCCAGGCAAGCAUUCGUACAUCGAUGCGGAUUACAUGCGCCAGGUCGAGAAGGCCUGUCUUGCGGACUUCAGGGUGCAAGAUGAGAUCAGAUCCCUCAAUCUUCCUGAAGGCGCCACUGUCGUGGUUGAGCCGUGGGCGUAUGCAACGGAUGGCAUGAACGACAUGAGUGAGCGUGUCACUAUGUGUUGGUUCUACAUGCGACUCUCUACACAUCCAGAUGCAAACUACUACGCGUAUCCACUCGACCUCUGCGCCGAAGUCUCAGAAGCACUUGAGGUCACCAGGCUGUAUCGUUUGCCGUCGGGCGCCGAGGAACACAUCAGUGAUGUCAAAAAGCGCUUUGACUCUGGCAAGGUCCAUGGCACAAGCGAGUAUCAUCCAGACCUGGCCAAAGAGCGCCGACAAACCACACGUCCAUACCACGUCUCGCAGCCUGAAGGUCCUUCGUUCAAAUUCUUUGGAAACUCCCUGAACUGGGAGAAAUGGACUCUCCGGGUAGGUUUCAACUACCGCGAAGGCAUGACUCUACACGACGUUCGCUACGACGGCCGUAGCUUGUUCUACAGGCUUUCACUCUCCGAGAUGUUUGUCCCUUACGGCGACAGCCGCUGUCCUUAUCCCCGAAAGGGCGCAUUUGACCUUGGCAAUGACGGAGCCGGCGUCAACGCGAACAAUCUCCAGCUCGGCUGUGACUGUCUCGGACAUAUCAGGUACAUCGACGCCUGGCACAACACAAGUUCCGGUGAUCCUGUCAGGCUACCGCACAUCAUCUGCUGCCACGAGAUUGAUGAUGGUAUCCUGUGGAAGCACACCAAUCCCCGGACUGGAAAUGCUGUCGUGACGAGAUCCCGCGUGUUGGUUCUUCAAACAAUCAUCACGGUCAGCAACUACGAGUAUAUUUUCCUCUUCCAUUUCGGUCAGGAUGCAUCCAUCCACUACGAAGUCCGUGCAACCGGUAUACUUUCUACAGCUCCAAUCGACGUCGGAGACAAGGUGCCGUAUGGGACCACUGUAGCGCCUGGUGUGCUUGCACCCUACCAUCAGCACCUUUUCUGCCUCCGCAUCGACCCUGCGUUGGACGGCCGCCUCAACUCUUUGGCUGUGGAAGAGUCACACCCCAUGCCCAUUGAUGAUGAGCAGAACCCAUUCGGAGUCGGCUACGUGACCAAUUCGAACAUCGUGUCCGAGGAGGCUGGCUUGGAUCUGAAUUUUGCAAGCAACCGCGUCUUCAAAAUCAUCAACGAGAAUAAGAUCAAUCCUGUCACCCACACGCCUGUCGGUUUCAAGCUGCUUCCCUGCUAUAGCCAGAUGCUGCUCGCCCAUCCCAGCUCAUACCAUGCGCGUCGGUCCGAGUACGCCGCUCACGCAGUUUGGGUCACCCGCUACAGCGACGACGAGCUCUACGCAGCUGGGAAGCAUACCAUGCAGUCCCAGGGUGGUGAAGGAAUCGCGUCGUGGAUCCGUGGCCGGAAACGAGACACCGAGCAGCCAUCCUCCGUCAGAAAUGAGGACAUUGUUGUCUGGCACACAUUCGGAUCCACUCAUAACCCACGCAUCGAGGACUGGCCUGUGAUGCCGUGUGAGAAGAUGGUUGUCGGAUUGAAGCCUCUCAACUUUUUUCUUCGAAAUCCUGGACUUGACGUCGCCGUCUCGACGCAGCACUCCAACCAGAGCACUCUGGUCAGCGAUGAAGGCGGUGGGUGUUGCGUGAAGACGAAGUUGUAG